CUGACUCAACACCAGAGAACACACACAGGAGAGAAACCUUAUAGCUGUGAUCAAUGUGGGAAUAGUUUUACUACAUCUUGAAAUCUUACUCUACACCAGAGAACACACACAGGAGAGAAACCGUAUAGCUGUGGUCAAUGUGGGAAGAGUUUUGCUGCAUCUAGCAAUCUGACUCUACACCAGAGAACACACACAGGAGAGAACCCUUAUAGCUGUGGUCAAUGUGGGAAGAGUUUUACUACAUCUAGCUCUCUGACACAUCAGCGAACACACACAGGAGAGAAACCUUAUAGCUGUGGUCAAUGUGGGAAGAGUCUCUCCAGAUCAGAACUCCUCAAGAAACACCAGCAGAGACCCUCAGGGAAGAUAAUUCACCGCUCUGACUGUGGGAAGAGAUUCACCUCAUCAGCAGGCAUUCAAAUUCAUCAGAGAAUCCACACAGUAGAGAAACCUUAUUGCUGUACUCAAUGUGGGAAGAGUUUUUAUACAUCUAGCCAUCUUAUUGUACACCAGAGAAUACACACAGGAGAGAAAUCUUAUAGCUGUGAUCAAUGUGGGAAGAGUUUUAUUCAGCUAAGCAACCUGAUAUCACACCAGAGAAUACAUACAGGAGAGAAACUUUAUAGCUGUGAUCAAUGUGGGAAGAGUUUUACUCAUGUAAGCACCCUGAUAUCACACCGGAGAACACACACAGGAGAGAAACCGUUUAGCUGUGAUGAAUGUGGGAAGAGUUUUGCUAGGUCACGCAAUCUGACUGUUCACCAGAGAACACACACAGGAGAGAAACCKUAUAGCUGUACUCAAUGUGGGAAGAGUUAUACUCAUUCAACCAGCCUGAUAUUACACCAGAGGACACACACAGGAGAGAAACCUUAUAUCUGUGAUCAAUGUGGGAAGAGUUUCACUAAGCUAAGCAGCCUGAUAUCACACCAGAGGACACACACAGGAGAGAAACCUUAUAUCUGUGAUCAAUGUGGGAAGUGUUUAACUAAGCUAAGCAGCCUGAUAUCACACCAGAGAAUACACACAGGAGAGAAACCCUAUAGCUGUACUCAAUGUGGGAAGUGUUUUUUUACAUCUAGCCAUCUGAAGAUACACCAGAGAAGACACACAGGAGAGAAAUCUUAUAGCUGUGCUGUAUGUGGGAAGAGUUUUGUUCAAUCUGGGGGACUGAAGAUACACCAGAGAACACACACAGGAGAAAAACCUUAUAGCUGUGGUCAAUGUGGGAAGAGUUUUGUUACAUCUGGGGAACUGACUGUACACCAGAGAACACACACAGGAGAGAAACCAUAUAGCUGUACUCAAUGUGGGAAGAGUUUUGUUCAAGCUAGCCAUCUGAAGAUACACCAGAGAACACACACAGGAGAGAAAUCGUAUAGCUGUGAUCAAUGUGGGAAGAGAUACUCUGAAAAAAGAUCUCUGAUCAAACAUCAGAAAAUACAUACAUGA